CUCUCUUGCUGUCUUACUCAGACGAUUAGGCUUCUUGUUGAGCAGUUCCAAUAAUCCUCUUCUCCUUCAGGGAAUCUCAGGCAGGUUAACCCCUGCCUGGAUGGAGAAUUACUGAGGCUAUAACCAUAAAGAAACAAUUGCCUCUCAUGCACUACUGUCCUUACCUAUAUUUGCAUGUAUCUGUGGGCAUGUGGAUGUGAUGGGCACAGCUGAACAUUACUGCAGGAAGUAUAGCUGAAUAUAGAAUUGAGCAUUUACAACUUUCAUUCCCCUGGUAAUAGGUUAGCCGGGCCAUCACAGUUUAAGAGCGGUUAGAGGCGAAUUGGUAUCAGAACACAUCUACUGCAAGCAGCUGCAGUCCGAGAAACCCCGGGAUACAGUAGAGGCAGCGCUGGUGCACGCACGUGCCAAUUUGGCAGUCUCACUGGAGUCUGAAGGAUAAUGUAAAUUGCUGCUGGAUUACUCUUUGCUGUCCCCGAGUAGAGCUACUGUUAGGUGAAACAGCAGAAACAUACACCACCGGGAGAAACAGAGGAGGGGGUUCCAGUCAUUGCUUUCCGCUACACACAAAGAACGUUCUGGCAGAUACGGGGAGGAAUGACCAUCUUGAGCUGGCAGAGACUCCAGAAAUCCUUUCCUCAGCAUUCACAACUGCAAUGAUGUAACAGUGAUGAUGGAGAACAGGCCAGUUCACCUUGUGUACCAUGGUGUGUUUAUGUGCAUCAGUAGAAGGGAAGGCAGAGUUCUUAAGUGGACAGUAACCGGCUGUAGCCAGCGAUGAUGCUUUGCAGAACUGGACUGCUGUGCAUGCAGCAUCCUAUGAAAAAAUGAUUUUUAUCUGUGGAGAUAACUUCAUCAGUUGAGAUACAUGAAGCAAGAAGGUUCAUUUCCUCUUCUUUGGAUACGAAGCAGAAUGUUCAAGCAGCCAUGAACAAACAACAAAGAAGAAAGAUGUUGUCUAAUGCCUGGAUGUCUGAAGGUCCCUGAACCUCAGGAUCUUUUUUUGUGGAAUGAGCAUAUAUUCGAGCCAUUUGGGAAGUGGUAUAGAAAGACAGUCCGGAACAUCUGUGACCCUUACACUGUAAUGAAGUUUGCUUUUACUAGAGAAGCUCUCCAUGAUCCUCAGUGCUGAUGCAGCCAAUGGUUAUGCGGAGAUGUACCUGUGCCCUCCAGCGAUGUCACGAGUGGCAUGCAGGUGACCCAUCCCACAGUGCUGUCAGAGAAAAUCAGGCACAGGGACCAUCAAGGUGUCGGCAUGUUGGUAGAGUGCCUGCGUUGAGCAGACAUACACGCAGUGGCAGUGUUGGAGCAACUCCCCGUGAGAACAUGAAUUUGUGCUGGAGUGAAAUUAAAAGGAAGUCACAUAACAUCAGGGCUCGGCUAGAAGCUUUAAAUGACCACAGUGGGAAGUUACAACUCUCCCUCCAGGAGGUCUUGGACUGGUUGGCACAAAAGGAUGAGGAGUUAUCAGAACAUCUUCCUUUGGGGGGUGAUAUUACCUCAGUGCAACAACAGAAGGAACUCCAUGCGACUUUCAUGGAAGAAGUAAAGGCCAAAGGCCCCUACAUCUACUCGGUGCUAGAGUCUGCUCAGGCAUUUCUCUCCCAGCAUCCCUUCGAAGAAGCAGAGGACACACUGCCUGAUAACAAAGCAGAUGUGUCUCCCCGACGUCGGGUCCAUAACAUCAGUCGAUUUGUAUGGAAGCAGGCGAAUGUGACUAGCGAGCUAUGGGAGAAGCUGACUGCCCGCUGUAUUGAUCGUCACAAACAUAUUGAGAGGACACUGGAGAGGCUACUGGAGCUGAAAGGUGCCAUGGAGCAACUUGCUGUGACCCUGAACCAGGGUGAAACUGUUCGAGAUGCAUGGGAACCUGUGGGUGACCUCUUUAUUGACUCACUACAGGAACACAUUGAGGCAACUAAGCUAUUUAAAGAAGAACUGUCUCCACUUAAAGAAGGACUGAAACAAGUGAAUGACCUGGCACACCAGCUUGCCAUUUCUGAUGUGCAUCUGUCAACAGAGAACGCACGUUCCCUUGAACAGCUCAAUACCAGAUGGAAACAGCUUCAGGGCACCUUGGAAGAGCGCCUCAAACAGCUACAAGAUGCUCACCGAGAUUUUGGUCCUGGAUCUCAGCAUUUUCUCUCCACAUCAGUUCAAGUUCCAUGGGAGAGAGCCAUUUCUCCAAACAAAGUGCCAUAUUAUAUAAAUCACCAAGCUCAGACAACAUGUUGGGACCAUCCCAAAAUGACCGAACUGUAUCAAACACUAGCUGAUCUGAAUAACAUCAAGUUCUCGGCCUACAGAACUGCCAUGAAGUUGAAAAAAGUCCAGAAGACUCUGCGCUUGGACCUACUAACCCUAACAACAGCCUCAGAUGUGUUCCGUGAACAUGACCUACAUCAAACUGAGCAGCAGAUGGACAUAGUGGACAUUAUCCAGUGCCUGACCACCUUAUAUGAACGCCUGGAAGAGGAGAGGGGUAUUCUUGUCAAUGUGCCUCUCUGUGUGGACAUGUGUUUAAACUGGCUGCUGAAUGUUUUUGACAGUGGUAGAAAUGGAAAAAUCAGAGCGUUGUCCUUCAAAGCUGGAAUUGCCUGCAUGUGUAAUGCAGAAGUCAACGACAAAUACAAGUAUCUCUUUGCACAGGUGAGCAAUGCUAACAAGCUGUGUGACCAGCGGCACCUCAGUCUGCUUUUACAUGAUGCCAUACAGAUUCCUCGGCAACUUGGAGAAGUAGCAGCAUUUGGAGGCAGCAACAUAGAGCCCAGCGUUAGGAGCUGUUUCCGUUUUGCAAAUGGAAAGCCAACCAUUGAAGUUUCACAUUUCCUAGAAUGGACUAGCCUAGAGCCACAGUCAUUGGUAUGGUUACCAGUCCUUCACCGAAUCACAAUUGCUGAAUCUGUCAAGCAUCAGGCAAAAUGCUCUGUCUGCAAGCAGUGCCCAAUAAAAGGCUUCAGAUAUAGGAGUCUGAAGCAAUUUAAUGUUGAUAUCUGCCAAACUUGCUUCCUCACUGGACGAGGUACCAAAGCAAAUAAGCUACAUUACCCAAUUAUGGAGUACUACACCCCGACCACAUCUGGUGAGAACAUGCGUGAUUUUGCCAAAACUCUGAAGAAUAAAUUCCGCUCCAAACAAUAUUUCAGCAAGCAUCCACAGAGAGGCUAUCUACCUGUGCAGUCAUUGCUUGAGUCUAAUGCCAUAGAAACGCCCUCUUCCUCUCCACUGCUGUCUCAUGCAGAUACUCAUUCCAGGAUUGAGCACUUUGCCAGCAGGCUUGCUGAGAUGGAGAAUCAGAAUUGUACCUUCUUCAAUGAUAGUCUGUCGCCAGAUGAAAGCAUGGAUGAUGAUCAGUUUCUGCUCCGCCACUCCAGUCCCGUCACGGACAGAGAGUCUGCAUCUGGACAGCUUUGUGGUCCUCCCCAAAUCACCGGAAACUUCAAUACAGAGGACAAGCAAGAGCUUGAGAAGGUCCUAGCACACCUGGAAAAUGAAAACAGAAUCCUACAAGGAGAGUUCAGGCGACUGAAAUGGCAGCAUGACGAGGCUGUAGCAUCUCCUUCACUUGCAGAAGGAACUCAGGAAUCCCAAACUGGUACACGAGAUGAAGAGCUGCUGGCUGAAGCCCGUAUCCUCAGACAGCACAAAAGUCGGCUCGAGACACGCAUGCAGAUCCUGGAAGAACACAACAAACAGCUAGAAUCCCAGCUGCAAAGAUUGCGUGAGCUGCUUCUUCAACCCCAGGAACCAGAAUCCAAUGAAUCAGCUGCAUCAUCUGCCUCAUCCCCACAGCAGUCUGAGGGCAGCCAGCAAGAAGAUAAGGGACAGGGCACACCUGAAACUGAGACAGCAGAUGACCCUGAGAAAGAGAUGAGAGAUACAACAUUACGUUUAGAAGAGGUCAUGGAACAGCUAAGGAACUCUUUCCCUGCCCCUACAGAAACAGCAUCUCUUAUCUGAAAUACAGUAUUCUAAAGAAUUGAAAUGUCCAAGAUAUCAACACCACCAGUAUCUCUGUUGUUCUUUUUCAUGAUUUCCAACUCUCAGAAUUUAUAAUAAAAUGAAACUUUAAAACAAUAUACAACUAUGUUGGAAAUGGUUGAACUGAUGGAAGACAGUUGUGGAGAAUUCGUCUUUCUUUAAACUGUUACAUUGGACAAGAGAGCAUCUUCUGCUUAUCAGAUCAUGUGUGCGUUGUUCUUAAAUCAAAACACAGGAAGCCAAUAAGUAUCUCAAGAAACACACCACACACAACUUCUUCCUCACAAUUUCUUCUCUCAACUUAUUUGUACACAGAUAGCUCCUCCUGACAGGAAAACAGGUAUUUGUCACAAAUGUUAUAGAAUGUUAUGUGGAUACUACACAGGAUUCUAAAAGGUCAUGAAUUUUGAACAACUGCAGUUGCUUUAGUGUAAUUCAACUAGUCAAAUAUUUUUUUCAGCAUUUUGUGUUGAUCCCUAUUUUAUAUGAAUUAUACCAUCUCACACUUCUCAUUAUAUCGAGUUCAGUGCCCCCCCCCCCCCAAAGAUCUAAGAAGGUGUUAAGAUAAGCAAUUCAUGGCCUAAAGGAAGCAAUUUAAAAAAGUAUAACUGAACAGCAUGUAUAAAUUUGUGCAUCCUGUGUUUACGUACAUGCAUAAGUACACACAUAUUUGAAGUUUUCAUAGCUAAAGUCAUACAAAUAAAAUGCACUUAUUUCAUUGGAAAUGAACUGUUAAGAACUCUACAGUCACCUUUAUUUAUUUUUUGUUGAAUAUUUUUAAAUUGUUUUCUUACUUUUCUCAAAAAACAGUUGGGAUGUUUUGUAGAGUUUAUUGUAGAAAUUCUUGCUUCCAUUUAGGGUGGUUGUUGGAAACUCAUACUUUGCCAUGGCACUAAGUAGUCAGACUGUAUGUUUCUGACAAAAAAGUACCACAACACUAUGAACUGCACUUAAGCUAUAUCCCAUAUCCAUUGUCCCGGUUACCACCACUGCUACUUGCAAAUGGUGUCAGUGAACUCAUUGUUUAAACAGAUUAAUGCUGUUUCUUUACCCAUAUAAAUACACAGUUGUAACUACUGGAUUAUACCAACUUAAUAACAAAUUAGACAAAAAAUACUCUGCCUUCAUAUUUAUAGUGGACCUGGUAAAAGUACAGGAACUGUCCUUACUAAUUUAGUAAGGUGCCAGAUGAAAACAGAAUAUCAACAGAUACAAGACAUUGGCAGUAUAGCAAAAAUAUGGUUAUCUCCAAAAUCUGUUUUAUGCUGAUGAAUUAACAUCACUGCUUUAAGGAAAUUACUGAGCAUAGCAGGAAGCUGUCAGAUAUUUGUCCUUUAGGCCUAAUGUAGGCACCCUGAGAGCCUGAAAAUGUAAUUUUAGUGAGUCCAGUUAUGGUAAAAUGGUUACAUUGAAAAUUACUUUUAGCAAACUUCGUACUUUGCACUUUCCCCACUGUUAGGUGACCACUGAGUUAAUAUAUAUACAAGUUAAAUUGGUGUUGGGGGUUCCCUCUACAUAGGAAGUACAUACUGACUUUCCCCCUGGAAAAACAAACAAACAAAAAAAAAACCUUUGUUGUUUUUCUGUAUAAUGUUUUCAUGGUAAUCAUUCCGCAAGUUGGCAUGAUUUCCCACAAAGUAUAAGAGGCAGGUGGUCUGCACUGCCUCAUUCCAAGCAACAUUAUCUUAACAGAGGAAGAAAUGGGACUGGUAAAACUGUGAGACACUGAAGCACUUCACACAAUUUUGAAAUCGAAUGAAAGUUGAGCAUAUGAAGCACCAUCCUUAUAAAUGAAUAUUUCAAACUCCUUAUUUGAGUCCUGUCCUUUAUGUAAUAAAUCAUUUAAUAUAUUUUUAAAUUAUAAAUCAGUCUACAAAUCAAUAUAUUUAUGAUAUCAGUCCUUUCCUACAGAAUAAUGUCCAAAUGGUCAGCAGGUAACUGGACUUCUGGUGAUUCCAUCCAAGUGCAUGUUCCUGGUAGGCCUUAUGCUAUUGUUUCUAGAUUGUGUCUAAUCCUGUCAUAAGAAACAAGUUUUAAGACAAGUGGCUUCCAUGCUAAAUGCCUUUAUGCUGUUACACAAGCCUUACAAGCACAGCAUGACCCUUCCAAAAUGUGUUUCUUUUAUUUUCUUAAGACAUCUCAGAAAGAAUAUUGUUCAGUUUCAAAAGCAUAAGUGUGAACAGCAUUUAGAUCUCUGCUUAAAAAUAUGAUAGGUUCUUAGUUUUGGUAAAUAGAUUACAGACAACUGCAAGAGAGUUUUAUCUCUUUAAGUCACCAGUGUUUAAGGUAGCUGCAUAUUACAGAUAAUGGAUGUCAUUUAUUACUACUUGUGUUACUAGUAAAAUUUUAAUUUUAUAAUAUGCAUCUCGAAUUUACAACUCCUUUACUAGUUCAUUUUGUUUUGAUACAUAAUUUAAUUACUUCCAUAAUUUGAAAAAAGUGUUAUAUCCUUUCUGAGAUGCCAUAUAGUAAAGAGCAGUACAUCAUAUUUGUUUUUGCCUCAUAUGAUGUAACUAAAUUGCCACUGUCUGUUACCUUUUACCUUUACAAAUUAAUUGCCCCUGGGGAAUGGUGCAUAGUGGUAUAUUCAAUUGUUUUUUUGUAUAUCUUUCUUGUUAUGAUAAGCAUUGUAUGAGAGAAUGUGUAGUGAUUUCAUUGUUAUCCACUGUUUCCCCGAAGAAAACUUGAGGACAAGAAACAAAAUGUCCUGUUGUUAUAUUUUAUUCACCCUCAAAACCAUAUCAAUAUACAUGUACAUUAUGCAUACUGUUGCUGUCUUUAUAUAGGGAACAGAAAACUCGAGGACAAGAAACAAAAUGUCCUGUUGUUAUAUUUUAUUCACCCUCAAAACCAUAUCAAUAUACAUGUACAUUAUGCAUACUGUUGCUGUCUUUAUAUAGGGAACAGUGUUUUUAUGUUACCUGUAAUGCAUUAAGAUAAUUUCUUAUCGAGACUCCAAUGUCAGAAAAAGCAAUGCUUAUUGCUUAUCAUGUACCGUAAUAAUAUCAUAUAAUCCUGUUUUUCUUGUAUCCGUAUUUUUAAUGAAACCAUUUACAAUUUAGAUAUAUAGUAGAUAACAUAUAUAAGGCAAAUGAUAUCUAACUGAUGGCCAUUGAGAGAACUAGAUCGUUCUUAAAUGAGAAUUGUAACAAAAUUAAUCAGUUCAGUCAAAUUCUGGAAAUCUGUGUAAACUGCUUUUAAAGUGGCUGAUUAAUUUUU